AUGGCAGCCCUGGUCGUGCUACAAGCAGCCCAAUUGGGAUUCAUCACGCCUAUAGGCGUUGUGAACACCUUGGAGGCGGGAUCGCAGGUCAACGUCAGCUGGACAUCGCCAUGGCCCUUGACAACAUUGCAGUUGUGGCGAGGCCCAAGUGCCGACGAUGGUAGCUACACGGUCGACAUCCUCGGAGAGAACCUGCCUCCUACCACGAACUCGUAUCCGUGGAUGGCUCCAGGUGCAGAGUCGGAGGCCAACCAGUUCAGUCCUGAGGUCUACUUCAGGCUGCAGAAGAGUGAUCUUCCAAACGAGUGCGAGCAAUGUGUGGCAAGCAGCCCAGUCUUCACUGUAGCGGCAGCUGGAGCCGCGGCAGCACCAGCAGCUGUACCUUCGGCGUCUGAUGAUGCUACGCCUUCUGCGACCAGCGGAGCUGAGACAUCGGCAGCAGAGGAAAGCACAGCAGCAACGACAGCAGCAGCCAUGGCCUCAGAAACAGCCCCCAGCACGACCACCGAAGAAUCGGCCAGCAUGACUACCGAGGAGCCAUCGAGCGUGACCAUGGAAGCCGCGAGCACCACGACAGAGGCAACAGAAUCGGACAUGACCUCAGCAGCUGCAGAGACGACUGCAACCGAGAUGUCUGCAAGUGCAGCAGAAUCGUCGGGCAUGACCACGAUGGUUAACCCAAGCAUCAUCGAAUCCUCACCCGAUGCUACGGCCGCGUCGGAACCGUUCGUCUUCACGCCAGUUUCGAUGUCUCAAUUCGAUCGCGCAACAGAACUUGGUCUGGGUAUUGGUCUCGGUCUUGGCAUACCCAUCCUCCUCGUCGUUAUGGGUCUCGUGGUUCUGUUGCUACACCGACGCGAGCGAAGGAGGGUUCAAGAGGAGCAAUUCGAAGGCAUCUUUCACGCACAAACACGAUGA